AUGGCCGACCAGACUGCGCAGCAGCAGCCCCAAGCCGGAUCUGGCGGAGGCUCGGCCAGCUCAAAUGUUCCGCAGCGCAAGGAGUGCAACAUCCCUGGCAAGGCUUGCUGGGUGCUCUGGCGCACCAACUUUGAGAUAGACCAGCAUUAUCAGCCGAUCAAGGCUAUUGGCAAGGGCGCAUAUGGCGUCGUCUGCAGCGCCAAGAACCUGGCGACCGGCGAGAAGGUGGCCAUCAAAAAGAUCGCCAACGCCUUCGAGAACCUCACCGACGCGCGCCGCACGCUGCGCGAGAUCAAGCUGCUGCGCCACCUGCGGCACGAGAACAUCAUAGCCGUGAAGGACAUUCUCCGGCCGCCCGCCAGGGACCGCUUCAACGACGUUUACCUGGUGUACGAGCUCAUGGACACAGAUCUGCACCAGAUCAUCCGCAGCAGCCAGCCGCUCACCAACGAGCACUUCCAGUACUUCGUGUACCAGGUGCUGCGCGGCCUCAAGUUUGUGCACAGCGCCAACGUGCUGCACCGCGACCUCAAGCCCAGCAACCUGCUGCUCAACGCGUCGUGCGACCUCAAAAUCUGCGACUUUGGGCUCGCGCGCACCAGCACUGAGCGCAACUUUAUGACGGAGUACGUCGUGACGCGCUGGUACCGCGCCCCCGAGCUGCUGCUGUCCUGCGACCACUACACCGCGGCCAUAGACAUGUGGAGCGUCGGCUGCAUCCUCGCGGAGCUGCUGGGGCGGCGGCCGCUCUUCCCAGGUAAGGACUAUGUCGACCAGCUCAAGCUGAUCGUCAAAACCCUCGGCCCCCCCAGCGAGGACGACCUCAGCUUCAUCAACAGCAGCAAAGCGCGCGCGUACAUACGCGCGCUGCCCGCCGUCGAGGUGGGGAACACGAGUGCCUCGGGGCUGCCGCCGCCGCGGCCGCUGUGGCCGGCGGGAAUUUGA